CUUUCCUCUAUUGCUCGCCAGAAUGUUGGCACCUACAGAAGCUUUGGCCUCUUCCUCAAUAACUGGGACACCUGCUUUUGCAACUGCUGCUGCGAGAAAUUUCUAUGGCUCCACUCCAAAUUUCGCAGGAAACUUGACUUUUGCCAUCGUUAUGGGCGUUUUGUUUAUUGUUCAUUCAAUUCUAGCUGUUACUUACAAACAGCGAUACUUUGGAUUAUCGUUUAUUUUUGGAGCUGGGUUGGAAUUUGCUACAUACAUAGGCAGAACCUUAGCAAAUGGCGAUCCAACAAGCACCAAAUAUUUCUUGUUGCAAAUCAUUGCAAUCAAUCUUGCUCCGGUGUUUUUAAUGGCAGGCAAUUAUUAUUUGCUUGGGAAAUUGGUUAUAAUUUACGGUGAAUACUAUUCGAUCCUAACGCCCAUAGCUUAUUCCUACAUAUUUAUUGUGUGUGAUGUUGUGGGUUUGUUUUUGCAGUCUGCUGGUGGAGCUGCGGCUGGCAAAGCACUAAAUGAUAAGUCUCGAAGAAUUUCAGAUAAUAGUUCCAAUAUAAUACUUGGUGGUAUAGCAUUUCAGGUAUUUUCCAUGUCUAUUUUCUUGUUUUUUUGGACUCAUUUUCUCUAUUCCAUUUACAUCAAAACAAACACCUUAUUAUUAAAGUAUAAUUCUUCUACCAAUAAUAACAGCAUUGGUAAUAAUAAUAGUGAUGUUCAAAAUGGAAAUGGAAAUGGAAAAAUUUUUACUUUAUUUCAAAAGUUUUACAAUUUUAUUGAUACUUCAUCAAAAGAUCAUUUAUUCAAUCUCAAUUAUAAGGAAAUCCGGAAAAACAAGAUAUUGAUUUAUUUUCCAUUGGUUUUAACUAUUUCUGUUUUAUUGAUUUAUACCAGGUCUGUUUACAAGUUAAUUAUGCUUGCAUUAAAGAUAGCAGGCCAUGGGAAUAACAGUGAAAUUCAUUUUUUUUUGUUAGAAUCAUUACUAAUGGCGUUAUCUAUUUUGAUAUUGGCAUUUUGUUAUCCAGGGUAUGUAAUGGAUGGUAGACAUAGCAAGAUAGUAGUUGGCAAACGGAUUCGUUUGAGAGAUUUUAAGAUUGUGAAAAAGGAUUUUGAUUCAUUUAUUAGACAAUUUGAGAAUGAAUCGACAAACCAAGAAAAUGAUUCCAUGUCAUUUACUAUUAAAAACAACAGUCCUGUUGAAAUUGAAAAGACAGUGUGAAAUCUAAUAGCAAAUGUAAAUGUAACUUGAGCUUUUUUUCAAUUAGAAACAGAUUUUUAAUUUAUUCCUUUAUUCUUUUUUUCAUUUAUUUCUUCAUUCAUCUUUUUGUUUAUCGGAAUAAGUUAUAUCAAAUCUAUUUUUACUUCAAAUUGACUCAGUCUAAUUUUUGUAGAUUGUACUUUUUGUAUUUUUUUCCAAAUUUUUGUAGAUUUUUUGUUUUAGAAUUUUUCAAAGGAAGGAGUUAAAAAUGCAUUUUAAUCCAAGACUGUUUUUGUUCCAUCUUUUUGAAA